AUGCCCCGUCUUCGCGUCCUUGCUGGCCCUUCGCCGAAUGCUUUGAGACUGAUCUGUGUAAAUACCAAUAGAGCUCAUGCAAUUACCUCUGACAUAUUUGAGGUUUGUAUGUUACCGUUUACAGCCGACGAUAUUCUUUUUGGAAAUACGUUUGACCGACCUUUGAAGUUGUUCUGGCUUUUCAAAGCUGCCUUUCAAUGCAUGCACUUAUUUGAUCCUACCUUGGAACACGCUCUUGAUGGUCCACAGCCAUGGGCAUUGUCUCCACUAGUGUCAACUAUGCCUUACUUGACACACACGUCUCUGGCACGAGGACGUGGCCCACAGUUGUUCCCUCCUAAAUACAGUAUUGCGGAUGACGGUUCAAGCCUAAACACACCUCCUUCAAGCUCUCCAUCUCUUUCCCCGUCAUCAUUCCCCUCUUCCUCAGCAGACAAUCUCUCUUCAGACGUGCCUACAAUAGACUUCUGCUACGGUUCCAUCACAUUCCCGACACUGUCACUGCGCCUUCCAAGAGGGCUGAGUUUCGAUCUCGCAAGUGUCGCAGAGACGAAAGUCUUCUGGUGCGUUGCCAUCGAACGUGCUGCUGCUGCUGCUUGA